AUGUCUUCUAUUCUCGCGGUGUAUUCGAUGACUAUACAGAUCGCAACAAAAUUUGCUUUCAUAUCGGGGCGGAGCGCACAUCAGUUCCAUGCGCUACAUGAGUCUUAUGGUAAAAUUGCUCGAUUUGCCCCCGGCCAAGCGACGACAAACACGAUCAAAGCUUUGCGUAAUAUUUACGGGUCGGGUACUGGCAAGGGCUCCGCGUUUCUUAAAACUGGCUUCUACAAGAGUAUCUCACGGCGCAAUAUCUUCACUGCCUCUGACCCGAGCUAUCAUUCGUCUGUCCGUAAGCUCUUCGGUCCCUCAAUGACACCAGGGAGUAUGGAAGCACAUGCUGGGGUGAUUCGUGAAUGUACCCUGCGACUUCACGACGUGAUUAACUCCAAGUUGGGAAGUGCUACCACUCUUUCUCUCAAUGAGCUGCUUUAUUGUCACUCCGUCGAUACAGUUUCCGAAGUCCUCCUUGGGAAGCCACUCGGCUGCUUGAAGCGAGGCAAGCCCUACUUUUGGACUGCGCAGUUGCCUCGCAUCUUUUACUGGGCCACCAUCAGAGAUCAAUUUGAUGGAUCAGGAGUCCCAACGGUGAUGAAAUGGCUUCUGCGCCGUUUCCUACGGAAAGGCGUUCGUCUUCGCAGCGAGGAGGCCCGCAUGCGACUCAUCCAUGAACAAUUAAAAGCGCCCCACACCCGUCGGGAUAUAAUGGUCGAAGUAAUGGAGAGGGCGGAGACCAGUGGCUUGCCGGAGUCUGAGAUUGCGGAAAAUUUCUCAGCCAUCAUGUUGGCAGGAUUCCACACCACACAAAACGCCUUGUGUGCCGUUAUCUUUUUCGUCCUGACCCACCCUGAAGCCCACGCCAAGUUGGUCCGUGAGCUGCAGAGCGUCUUCCAUUCGGCAGAAGACAUUUCAGGAGACAUUGUUCAACAGCUGCCGUACCUCAAUGCCGUCAUUACGGAGGCUUUGAGACUCUACCCUCCUGUGCCACUAGGGGGACCGCGAGUUUCACCUGGAGCCCAUGUUGAUGGGGUCUACAUCCCGGCCGGGACGGAGAUCUGCACAUCACUGUUCGCGCUACAUCACAACCCCGAAUAUUUCAACGAACCUUACGAGUUUAUUCCCGAGCGAUGGACAGAGCCCGGAUCCAUGGACAAAAAGGACGCUGUCCAGCCGUUCCUGGUGGGUAGCCGGGCCUGCAUCGCAAAGUACUUUGCCAAGCAGAUGAUGCAAAUAACCCUAGCGGGUUUCUUCUUGGAUUAUGAAGCUGAAUAUGUGGGAAUGGUCAAGGACUGGCAGCGAGAGAGUCGCUGCUAUGCUUUUUGGGAAGUACCGGACCUGAAGGUGAAACUUCGUCAACGACGGCAGGCCUAAGUUUCGAAUGUUUCUCCCUGUUUCUCCCUAUAUAUUUCUUUCUUGGAUUUAUCAUAUUUCACUCAUAUAUCCUCAC